AUGGACAAACUUGAACUUCAAUCAACUUGUUUCGAGAAUAUCAAGACUUUGUGUACAAACUACCGCAAAGAUUCUUCGUCUCGAAAAACUGAAGAGUACCUCAACAUACGUUUGUCAUCUUUGGAAGAACAGUGGAGAGACUUCGAGGCGAGAAAUGCCUUAUUACUACUGGAACUGGAAGACAAAACUAUACAUUAUUUCUCUGAAGACGUUUACAACAAAACUAAAGAAAUGUAUCUAGCAACAAAAACAGACUUAAACAACAGACUUAAAUACUUGAAACAGCAAAAACAUAGUGUGAAUUUUGAUUUAAGUGACAUUUCUAUUGACUACACUCAAGACUGCGAGGACGGAAAAUCUGAAAAAAUACAACAACUUUUAAAUAAACAAGAAUGCAAUUUUAAUGCGAUUUGUCAUGCAUUGUCUAAAAUUGACAUCAUUAGAACUAGUGAAAAGUGGGAGCUGGAAGAUAAUUUUAACAUUUUAAAAUCGAAGUGGGAGUCCAUCGACAAACUGCACUGGGAAAUUGACUUUCAGCUGAAGGGGUCUAACGAUCACUAUUACCGGAUGUACUCAGAUAUAGAAGAAAAAUAUGAUGAAUUGAGAAAACAACUUCAAUCUAAAAUUUGGUCGAAUGCACACUAUCAGCAGUCGACACCGAGAAUGGAAUUACCUGAUUUUUACGGAAACUACAGUAAGUGGAUCUCUUUUAAGGACCUGUUUCUCGAAACCAUCCAUAACAACCCAACAAUUAACAAAGCGCAAAAAAUGAAACACCUGAAAACCAAAUUGAAGGGGGAAGCAGAAAGUCUGGUACAGCAUUUAUCCGUCUGUGCUGAAAACUACAACUCCUGCUGGGAUAUUUUAGUGCAACGGUAUGAUAAUCGUCGUCUACAAUUUUCAUCGUUUUUCAACACAAUGAUGAGUCUCCCUGUUAUACAUCAACCCGACGCUAACAAUCUCAAGAAAAUGCAUGACGUCAUUAAGGAAUGCAUGAACGGCAUAGCUAACAUCGGGCUGGAUACGGCAACGUGGGAUCCAAUGAUCGUGCAUUUAAUGUUACCAAAAUUAGAUUCAACAACUUUAAAUGAUUAUAUGAACGACAUCCGAGAUCACAGAGAAUUACAAAACUUGCAAGAUUUUUUAUAUUUUUUGGAGUGCAAGUUUAUGGCAUAUGAAACUGCAAAAUCAACAAAAUCUGUAAAAAAUACCACUUCCGAAAAAACAUCUCAUUGGAAACCGGCUAACAACAAACAACCUGUAAAAAAUUUUACAUAUGACUCUAAGAAAACUUAUAACUAUCACGCUACUUAUGGAAAAUGCCCGAAUUGUAAUGGAAAUCAUGUUUUAAUGCAAUGUGCUAAAUUUAUUAACAUGGAUACUGCACAGCGAAACCACACUGUUGCGAAAUUGAAACUCUGCAAAAAUUGUCUCUAUAGCCACAAUAACGAAGAAUGUAAAUCAGCGAAAACGUGUAAGGAGUGUAACAUGAAACAUCAUACCAUGUUGCACAACGUGAACUGGAAAAUUCCAGCGAAUGGUAAAAAUAACUUUGGACAACAAGCCUCCUCUUCUCAGCAACAAGCUUCGAAUCACUUAUCAUCGGAUAAAACUGAAAUUUUACUAACUACAACUCUACUGAAAAUAAAGGCUUAUGAUGGCACUUAUGUAAAACUUAGGGCCCUCUUGGAUCAGGGCUCGCAAGUAAACUUAAUAACAGAAAAUGCUGCUCAGGUAUUACGCCUGCCGAGGAAAAGGUUCGCUGCUACCAUCUCAGGGGUUGGUUCAGUAUCUGGUGAUUGCAGGGGUCAACUAAACUUAUCUUGUAAAUCAAUAAACUCUGAAUACGACUUCGAAAUACAAGCACUUAUAAUGAAAAAACUUACAAAUAACUUACCGAAUGCUACUUUCGAAAAAUCGAACUGGCCUCAUUUGGAAAACUUAAAGCUGGCUGAUCCUGACUUCAACAUCUCUCGCCCCAUCGACUUACUACUGGGUGCCGAUGUUUAUUCAGAUAUUAUACUCAAUGGAGUUUUGAAAGGAAGCUGUCAAUCCCCUGUGGCACAACAGACACAUCUAGGAUGGAUCCUAUGUGGGAAAAUGAAAACGUUUAAUUGCCACGUGACCUUGGUGAACUUUGAUGAAUUAACAAAGUACUGGGAGAGCGAAGAAAUACAAAAUUCUGAAGAUAUUUCCAAGGACGAUCAGUGUGAACUAUUUUAUUCGGAAACAGUACAACGUGCUCCCGACGGAAAAUAUAUUGUGAAGAUGCCACUCCGCCCUGACCUUAAAGAAAAAUUAGGUUCAUCGAGACCUAUCGCUGUCUCACAAUUUUUACAACUGGAAAAACGGCUCGCUAAAAAUAAAAAACUUUCAACUAUGUACAAAGAAUUUAUCAGAGAAUAUGCGGACCUGGGCCACAUGAAACUGUCGCCUCAUAUAACAUACGCCGACUGUUACUUACCACAUCACGGUGUUUUGAAAGAGAGCUCUACAACAACCAAACUGAGAGUAGUCUUUAAUGCAUCUCAAAAAACAUCGAGUGGUCACAGUUUAAACAGCCUUUUGGAAAAGGGCCCCAACCUUCAAAAGGACAUUCAGUCGCUUAUUUUGAAGUGGAGAACAUACAAAUUUGCCUUUACUGCUGACAUUGAAAAAAUGUAUCGUUGUGUGUGGAUAAAUGAUGAUCAGCAACACCUACAAAAAAUUAUCUGGCGAGAUUCACCAGAACAACCUUUACAAGAAUAUAAACUUUGUACGGUGACCUACGGUACCAAACCCGCUCCUUGGCUAGCCUUACGUACACUCAAACAACUCGCCAUUGAUGAUGGUCAUAAGUACCCCACUGCAGCUGCAGAGGUCCUGGAGAACCACUUCUUUGUAGAUGAUCUUGUUAGUGGUGAAAGGUCAUUCGAAACCGCCAAGGAGUUACAGAGGUCCCUAAUCGAUUUACUAAAGGGUGCGGGGAUGAAUUUACGCAAAUGGUCCAGCAACUAUCCAACUUUAUUAGAAGACUUACCUAAAGAGCAAAUUUCAACAACAAACAGCUUCGAUUUCAAAAUUGAUGAAACAUCAAAAACGUUAGGACUUACCUGGAACACUAACAGCGACACAUUUCACCUAAAAUGGCCUGUGAAGCAAAGUACAAAACAACUAACAAAAAGACUAUUAUUGUCUGAAAUUUCUAAGUUUUAUGAUCCGUUGGGAUGGCUGUCUCCGGUGACCAUUACUGCAAAAUUACUAUUUCAAAAAGUCUGGACUCUAAACAUUGAUUGGGACGAUGAAAUUCCCCAAAAUAUUGAGAAAGAAUGGCAAAAACUAAAAAUAGAAUUGCCUUUCAUUCGUAACAUAACUUUGAAACGAUGGAUUGGCGAAACAAAACAAGAUAUAGAAUUACUUGGUUUCUGUGAUGCAAGCGAGAAAGCUUACGCUUGUGUUAUAUACAGUCGCGUGACAAAUUCCAACGGAGUUCCAGUAAUUACGCUACUUGUAUCCCGCACACGGGUGGCUCCUAUAGCACAAAAAACCACGCUGCCGAGGCUUGAACUGUGUGGCGCCUUACUGUUGGCUAAACUCAUGGAAAAAACUCAGAAGGCUUUAUCGGAAUACAAUCUGAAAAUUCAAGCAUGGUGUGACUCGCAAGUAGUUCUCGCGUGGCUCCAAGGGGACACUGCUAAAAGAGAGGCCUACAUAUCCAAUCGAGUUACAAAAAUCAAACGGAUUAUACCUACCACACAAUGGCGUUACAUUAAGUCAGAGCAUAACCCUGCCGACUGUGCAUCGAGAGGCAUGCUACCAAGUAAACUAAUGACCUUCGAUUUAUGGUUUCAAGGUCCUGCAUUUUUGAAGAAAAUUGAAACAGAUGAGACUGCAAAUUACAAAACAUACCAUACAAACAUUGGCUGCAAAGAAAAGGAAAAUCAAGAGACUUCGUCAAAUCACGAAAAGGAUAAUUGGAUAACAACCUUGUUAAAUAAAUGCAGUUCAUUAACAAAAGUUUUCCGAGUUACUGCUUGGAUAUUACGUUGCAUAACAAACAUGAGCGCUAAAAGGAAAUCUGAGGCCCCGUAUCUGACUACUACCGAACUAACUACAGCAAGAAAAAAUAUUAUCAAACACAUACAACAAAUACAAUUCAAUCAAGAAUAUAAACAACUUUUGAAAAACGAAAAUGUGUCGAAAAGGAGCGCAAUUAUGAAGCUGAACCCCUACUUAGACGAAGAUAAGAUAAUUCGCGUGGGCGGCCGCCUCCAAAACUCAAACUUACCUGCGGAAAUGAAAAACCCAAUUAUCAUACCACAUAAAGGUCGAUUAACGCAACUUUUGAUUGAAUAUUCCCAUUUAACUACACUGCAUGGAGGAGCUCGGCUAACGCUGACUUACAUACGACAGCGAUAUUGGAUCGUCGGAGGCAACAGGGCUGUCAAAACUCAACUACGAAAAUGUGUGCGCUGCCACCGUUUCACACAAACCGACAACCAUCAACUGAUGAGUAAUCUUCCGCAACAGAGAGUAACCCCAUGUCGACCCUUUACAUUUACAGGGGUUGACUACUCUGGUUACAUCGAACUGAAAAUAAACAAAGGCAGAGGUGUAAAAACUUCUAAGGGAUACAUUGCAAUAUUCAUAUGUAUGGCUACCAAAGCCGUACAUAUUGAACUUGUUUCCGAUCUCGGCACUGAAACAUUCAUAGCAGCUUUUCAACGACUAUGCGCAAGGCGUGGUACCCCUAAACAUAUGUACUCAGAUUGUGGAACUAAUUUCAUCGGCGCGGCAAAAGUGCUAGGUCAGGAAUUCAAAAACUUCAAACAAAUCAUGACAACCGAAUUUUUUGAUGAAUUAGCUAAACUGGAAGUCGAGUGGCAUUCUAACGCCCCUGCCUGGCCGAGCGCGGGCGGUUUGUGGGAAGCCGCCGUCAAAUCCAUGAAACGACAUUUACGACGAGUGCUAGGUGACCAGAAACUCACCUACGAGGAGAUGUCAACGCUACUAACAAAAAUAGAAGCCUGCUUAAACUCGAGGCCCUUGUGUCCUCUUACUGAAGAUCCAGAAGAAUUUUACAACUGUUUAACACCCGGCCAUUUCAUCACUGGCGGCGCGAUAAUGACGUUACCAUUAUCAGAUUACACUGACGUUCACAUUGGCGUACGUCGUCGAUGGCAACUUGUAGAACAAAUGUUACAACAAUAUUGGAAAAAUUGGUCCAACGAGUACCUAACACAACUGCAAACUCGGAGUAAAUGGAACAAACCUACGAAAAAUAUCAACGUCGGCGAUAUCGUAUUGGUUAAGGACAACAACUUACCUCCUGGAAAAUGGGCCCUAGGGCGGGUGCUCGAAACUCAUCCAGGUUCUGACGGAUAUGUCCGAGUUACGACCAUCAAAACUCGAACAGGAGUAACCAAACGUCCCGUAACAAAACUAUCACCUCUACCGUUGGCCUCUGAAAUCGAAAACCAAGGAGAUCCCACAACUAAGGAGGAACAAAGCCGUGUGAAGUUAGAUUAUGAAAUCGCAAGUACAACGUUCGACAAUUCAGUAAACAAAAUAGUAAAUUUAACAUACAACUACACUCCGAAUCUGUUCCAGCCUACAGCACGUGAAACAAAAAUUAUCACUAAAGAGAUUGCUGAGCAAAAGGAGCAGGAAAAACACUUUCCGUCGACCAUCAUAUCAGCGCGUGACAUACAUCAGUAUGUCAUUACAUACUUAUUAUUAGUAGCAGCUCUGGUUAUUGGUCUCGUGUGGGUUGUGAGGAAACAUUCCCACUGCUUAAGGAAAAAGAAGAGCCAUCCACUUGCACCCACUGAAGAUAUCGAACUUCAAACAUUUCACCUGCGGCACGACCGACGAGAUGAUGGUGUUCAAGCCCAAGUCGCGCCUCCCACCGAAGCCAGCCCGAAGCGUAAACACCAGUGGAACCAACUUUGCCUUUAG